GGCGAGGUUUGUUGGAGGGUCUUUGUUUAAUCAAGAAAACAUGCGUUGUUAAUUUUAUAUAUUUUUUUCUGUAAUGUCUUGCUUUAAAUAAUUUUUUGCAGCUAAUAUGUAAAAUAUGGGGCGUGAAAACUUUUGCAUAUCCUGUAGCAGCUGUAUCAAACGCCCUCGGUCUCUCUGGCGCCACCUGCAGGACGUAUCGAGAACCAAAGUCAGGAGAGACAAACCGGAUAUUACGUCAUGUCUCCGAGCCUACUGGACUAGCCUAAAAAUGGCCGACCAUCGCGAAUGGUUUUAAUCUACGCUUGCAUUAAUUGAAGAUCCGUCGUGUUCCACGUCAUGGCCCGUGUCCCUCACGGCGAGUUCCUCCUAGAGCAGCUGAGGAAGCAGAGGGAGCGAGGUUUCCUGUGUGACUGCACCGUGAUCAUCGGCGAGACUCGCUACGAAGCUCACCGUAACGUCCUGGCGGCCUUCAGCGAGUAUUUCUCCACGCAGUGCGUCGAUGCAGGAAAAGAUGACUCCACCAUUAAACUGGACCCCGAGUGGGUUAACGGCACCGUGUUCGAGAAACUGCUGGACUACAUGUACACGGGAAACUUACACAUAGACGGGGAUGAGUUUCCAAACUUUCAAAACGCGGCAUCUUACCUUGGGAUACAGGAAAUCCUGGCUCUCUGUUCCUCGAGUUCUGCCAAAGAAAGCCCUGUCGCUGUGAGGGACACACUCUUCGCAGAUCCUCGUUCUCCGCUCAGCCCGGACGACUAUGAACCACUGGAGCCACUUGAGGAAGUGGAGGAAAGAGAGAUGCUGAGGAAGGAGGAAGAGAAGAAAUCGGCAGUUUUUCCAGUAAAAGCAGCUCCAGUUGACCAUUCCCAGUCGUCUGGAGAACAAAUUCCACAAGGUGCUGAGAAGAGGAUCCGAAAGCCCAGGACUCGGCUUUAUGAAGAGGACGACGUUACGAGGAAGGAAAGCACACUUUCGCAGAGAGGACGAGGCAGAGGAAGGGGCAGGCCGAGAGGCCGGCCUCGGACGAGACCUUUGGAUUCUGACAAAGCGGACGCUUCGGUGAUUGAUAAGAGCCCGAUUCCGGAGAACACUGUAGUGAGGAGAGGAACCGGAAGACCAAGAGGGCGUCCACGUACCAGACCAUUGUCUUCUGAAGCAGUAGACUCAACCAGCGCUGAAGAAAACACCAUAGUGGUGAACGAUGAAGAAACAGAGCCCGGGACGGUGCAGUCGGAACCGUCCGAGUCUGCGAAUCCACAAGGAGACGCAGAGGAGGUAAACGCAAACAAUGAGGAAGUCGUAAACAAAACGACGUCAGACGUUGAGAAUCCUAAAGAGGCUACAGUCGCGAAACAAGGAAGGGGGAGGGGCCGACCGCGAACCAAGUCUCUGCCAUCUGAGACCGCCGAAAUCCCGAACCCCGAGGAGAUGUUCACACAGACGUUACAGAAAGAAGGAGGAGUGCGUAAGAGAGGCAGGCCACGUUCCAAACCCCCGCCGCCUGAAAUGCCCGAAUCCGACAUCACAGAAGGAGGAACGGAACAGGACGAAGGACCGGAUCAGGAGAAUAACCAGCCAAAAGCGUCCUCCUCCGACCCCCUCGAUGGCAAACAGGAAACUCCGGAAAACGCCAAGAAGGUCUGGACGAGCACCAGGAAGAGGAAGCUGAGCCGAAAGCUGAGAGAGAGCCAAGCCAGCAACGAUGAAAACGAACAGGACGAAGCAGUGGAAGAGGAAGGCAGUGAAGAGUGGGAGGAAGAAGGUGACGUCAAGGUGUCGCAAAUCAAGCUGCGGCCCAUCUGCAACGUCUGCGGGAACCUGUUCUCUGAAAUGAGCAGCCUGCGCAGACACAUGCGUAUACACAAGGGUCUUAAACCUUAUCAGUGCCAGCUGUGUGGACGCUGCUUCAGGCAGGGAAACCAGCUCAAGACACACCUGCGGAUUCACACAGGUGAAAAGCCGUUCUCGUGCAGCCGCUGCGAUGCCUCCUUCGCGCAGAAAUGCCAGUUGGUGUAUCACUGCCGCAUGCAUCAUGGAGAGGAAAAGCCUCACAAGUGUGAUGUGUGUCCUGCAGCUUUCGCUACGUCCAGCAAUCUUAAAAUCCACAUGAGGACACACAGCGGGGAAAAGCCGUACGAAUGUGGUGAAUGUGGGAAGCGUUUCACUCAGGCGAGCACGCUGAUGUACCACAAGCGCCGGCACACGGGUGAGAAACCCUACGUCUGCGACACAUGUGGCAUGGCCUUUGCUGUCUCCAGUUCCCUCAUCUCACACACCAGGAAGCACACAGGAGUGACGCCUUACAUCUGCCUGGACUGUGGGAAACCCUGCUUAACAUCUGGGGAGCUCAGGAAGCACAUGGACAUCCAUAAUGGUUCAAGAAGAGUGAUCUGUAAUAUAUGUGGAAAUACCCUCUCUGAUGUUUAUAGCCUAAAGAAGCACCGAGCUCUGAAACACAGCGCUACUCCAGAACAAGACGAAGAACCUACAAAAUCCGAAUCCGUCGAAUGUCCGAUUAACAUCCCGAUUGACCACCAAGGUCUGAUAGCCCGAGUGCGCUCUGUUCUAUCAGAAUCCCCAGAGCCAAGCUUCCCAGAUGAAUCCCCUCUCACUUCUGAGGCCUCCAUGGUCAUCCAUCAGCCAGAAAACCAGAUGUUCAUUGAACAUUCUGAAGCUACAGGAGCACCGAUGAUCAUUCAGCAUUCGGAAGCGUCGGGAACCCAAAUGAUCUCCGGAUCCCCUGUGAUCAUCCAACACGCCGAGUCCUCCGAGGCUCCGAUGAUCAUCCAGCACUCGGAAGCUGGAGGAACACCGAUGAUCUUCCAGCAUUCAGAAGCAGGAGGAACUCCGAUGAUCUUCCAGCAUUCGGAAGCAGGAGGAACUCCGAUGAUCAUCCAGCAUUCGGAAGGUUCAGGAACGCCAAUGAUCAUCCAGCACGCCGACUCCUCAGGAGCACAAAUGAUCUCAGGAUCGCAGAUGAUUUUCCAACAUGCAGAUUCCUCAGAGACCCCCAUGAUCUUCCAGCAUUCAGAAGCUACAGGAUCACCAAUGAUCAUCCAACAUGACGAAUCCUCAGAAACCCCAGUGCUCAUCCAGCACGGAGAUUCCGGGGAGCAAGUGAGUUAUGUUGUGGAGCAGUAUGAAAUUCCCGGUUCCUCAGACAUUGAGCACGCUCAGAUCGUCAUUGUGCAGACUAUCGACUAAGACAGCAGACGUCUGGAGAACAUCUGGUGGUUCCACGGCGUAUCUGUCUCAGUACAGAGUAGUUUUAGAGUAGUUCUUGUCUUUGUAAGAUGGAGACAAUCUUCAGUGAGUUUCAGAGACUGCUGAACCAGGAGGCCAUUUUUAUGUAGGUUUUUUAUUUAUGCUUUUCAGUAUUGAAAGGAAAAAAAAAAAGAUUAAAAAAAAGAAAGAUCUCCUGAUGACCAUGUCCACAACGCUGUUCUUCUGCUGAGUGUGAUUUUAUAAUUGUAUGGAUUAAACAGUUGCUUUAUAUGUAAAAGCAACUGAUAACCACAAAAAAGGGGGAAAUGCUUAAGCUAAUAUUUUGCUCUUAUCAUGAUAUUGUGUGAUUUAUUGCUACUAAAUAGAAUUAUACUAUUUUUUUGUUUGUUUGUUUUUUGUUUUGGGAGAAAAACAUGACAAAUGUCACCAAUCAGUUGUCUGGCUUGGUGUUGUUUUUCAUUAUGUAAUUUUGUUGAUUUUUAAAAAUAACAUUGACCCUUAAAAACAAAACCUACAUUCUCAGCAUAUUAAAUUAGAUAGAUAGAUAGAUUUGUUAAUAAUAUCUGACGUUUAUUUUUUAUUAUGAACGAUUUCUUCCUUAUUACAGCUAAAGAAAAUUCUAACUCCUCUAGAUCAAAUCAAAAUUUUGUUCAUAAAUAUUGAUCUGUUUUUGAGUUGGGUCAGUAUAUCACCCUACAUAUCACAGUAUUGGCCUUUAUUAAAGUUACAAUAUGCUAAUGAACCUCUAAACAAUCAAUAAAUAUUCUGUUGU